UCUCCUCCUCCUCCUCCUCCUUCCCGGGCCAGCGGCUGAGGCAGCGCUGCCCGCUCCCGGCCCCGCGCCCGGCCCGCCGCUCUCCUGCCUCGUCGCCUCCUCGGCCCCGGCAGGGGCAGCCCGGGGGCGCCGCGGGAGCCCGAGCGCAGCGCGGCGCCUCCAUGAGCUCCUGAGCUCCCACCCUGCCCCGUCCUCCCCGCGGCAGCGGCUCCAGGUGCGCGGGUCCGAGCAGAGCCGGGACGCAGCUGGCUGCAAUGGCGUCCAACAUGGACCGAGAAAUGAUACUGGCUGAUUUCCAGGCAUGUACUGGUAUUGAAAAUAUUGAUGAAGCUAUAACGUUGCUUGAACAAAAUAACUGGGAUUUAGUGGCAGCUAUAAAUGGUGUUAUACCACAAGAAAAUGGCAUUCUACAAAGUGAGUACGGUGUAGAGACUUUGCACGGACCAGCGUAUGGCCCCAGCAGUCACUCUGCUGCAGCUUCCUCAGCUCCUUCCUCCUCCUCAGCAUUUCGCCAUGUAGUGCCAUCUAGACAAAUAGUGGAAAGACAGCCUCGAAUGCUUGACUUCAGGGUUGAGUACAGAGACAGAAAUGUGGAUGUAGUACUUGAAGACAGCUCUACAGUUGGAGAUAUCAAACAUAUUCUAGAAAAUGAACUUCAGGUUCCUGCAUCUAAAAUGCUGUUGAAAGGGUGGAAGACUGGAGAUGUAGAUGAUAGUACUGUUUUAAAAAGUCUACACUUGCCAAAAAAUAAUAGUCUUUAUGUUCUAACACCUGACCUGCCUCCGCCUUCUUCAAGUCAUUCUGGGGCCCUGCAGGAGUCAUUAAAUCAAAACUUCAUGCUGAUUGUCACCCAUCGAGAAGUCCAGCGGGAGUACAACCUCAACUUCUCAGGAAGCAGUACCAUUCAGGAGGUGAAGCGGAAUGUGUAUGACCUGACCAGUAUCCCUGUCCGUCACCAGCUGUGGGAGGGCUGGCCUUCUUCUGCCACAGAUGACUCGAUGACUUUAGCUGUGUCGGGAGUGACUUUUCCUUGCCAUCGACUCACAGUUGGAAGAAGAUCCUCACCUGUACAAACAAGGGAGCAGUCAGAGGAGCAAUGCACUGAUGUUCAUAUGGUUAGUGAUAGUGAUGGAGAUGACUUUGAAGAUGCUACUGAGUUUGGAGUUGAUGAUGGAGAAAUGUUUGGAGUAGCUUCAUCUGCCUUGAGGAAAUCGCCAAUGAUGCCAGAAAAUGCUGAAAAUGAAGGAGAUGCCUUAUUACAAUUUACAGCAGAGUUUUCUUCAAGAUAUGGUGACUGCCAUCCUGUUUAUUUUAUUGGCUCAUUAGAGGCUGCUUUUCAGGAAGCCUUCUAUGGGAAAGCAAGAGAUAGAAAGCUUCUUGCUAUCUACCUCCACCAUGAUGAAAGUGUACUAACCAACGUCUUCUGCUCACAAAUGCUUUGUGCUGAAUCCAUUGUCUCCUACCUGAGUCAGAACUUCAUAACCUGGGCAUGGGACAUGACAAAAGAAGCAAACAGAGCAAGGUUUCUGACGAUGUGCACUAGACAUUUUGGGAGUGUUGUAGCCCAAACCAUUCGAACUCAGAAGACAGACCAGUUUCCACUUUUCCUUAUUAUUAUGGGAAAACGUUCAUCUAAUGAAGUGUUGAAUGUAAUACAAGGUAACACAACAGUGGAUGAGCUAAUGAUGAGGCUGAUGGCUGCAAUGGAGAUCUUCAGUGCCCAGCAGCAGGAAGACAUAAAGGAUGAGGAUGAACGUGAAGCCAGAGAAAACGUGAAGAGAGAGCAGGACGAAGCGUACCGCAUCUCGCUGGAGGCUGACAGAGCCAAGAGGGAAGCACAAGAGAGAGAAAUGGCAGAGCAGUUUCGCUUGGAACAGAUCCGGAAAGAACAGGAGGAGGAACGUGAGGCCAUCAGGCUGUCUCUGGAGCAGUCCUUGCCCCCCGAGCCGAAGGAGGAGAGCACUGAGUCUGUCAGCAAACUCCGCAUCCGGACGCCCAGCGGAGAAUUCUUUGAGCGGCGUUUCCUGGCCAGCAGCAAGCUGCAGGUUGUCUUUGAUUUUGUAGCUUCCAAGGGGUAUCCUUGGGAGGAGUACAAGCUGCUGGGCACCUUUCCGAGGAGAGAUGUGACCCAGCUGGAUCCAAAUAAAUCAUUACUGGAGGUAAAACUGUAUCCUCAAGAAACCCUUUUCCUAGAGGCAAAAGAAUAGAUCAAGCAAGAUUGUAGGACUAAUCAUCCUUUGAUAAGCCAGAGGCACAGCAUCGAGAGGAAGACUUCUCUGAGCACCACCUUGUGCUGACAUCCAGCUCAAUUCCAUGUCACAAGUUUGCCUCUUGCAAGAAUCCUGAAAAAUUGAAAAAACAAACAUAGCUACUUAAAGUUUCACAUACAUGAGUAUAUGUUUCCAACCUCAUUUAAAUGAGCAGAGGAUAAAGUUCUGCUAUGAACACUGAACAUUAUGAUUCUGUUGCUCACUUAUCAUCCAGCUUUUGUUAUAAUUAAUGCACUGUUAAAAUGUGAGUGAUUGUUAAGUAGAAUUUUUACUCCUCAAAUGCCCCUUUUUCACCAAGAAAUCUUGGACAUUUCUGCCUGUACUUUUGACACUAGAAUGCUGUAUAUUUGAUAUCUCACUGAGCCAGUGCUCUCAUAUAUAUGCAUUUUAUUUCUGUGUUUGAAUUUCUACUUUGUCAACUAACUUAAAAAGGCAGAAAAAAAUUAAUGGGACAUUCUCAGCCAUGGAAAUUUAACAGUAUUAUAGUAGAAAGCAUAUAAUUUUUGUUAGUACUUUCUGACUUCUUUGAUAAGAUGUAAGGUUUUGUUUGGAGAAUAUAGUUUGACAUAUAUGCGAGAUAUUUAUUUACUGGUUCUGCUUUGGGUCUCAGUUCCAAUUCAGUUUAGGAAGUAUUUUCCAUUACAUUGCAGUGUGAAACUGCUUAUUGCAUGAUGUGAAUAUUUAAAUAACAUUAGACAUGGCCAGUACCAGAAACCUGGUAUCUUGCCAACACUUCAGGAAUCAGCUGAUAUUGAAUAUCAGCUGUUAAAAACCUUUCAAAUACCAGAUACAAAAGUUCUUUAUUUCUCCUUGUGAAAGAAAGGGCAGUUCCCAUUCUAGCAGUUUUUCUUCAUUCUGGCACUUGCUUGUCUCCUAUUACUCUGCUGGUUUAAAGCACCUUGUUUGGUUCAUCAAACAAUGGGUAUUUUAAGGGGUGGUGUAAUAAGAAAUCUGCCUUAUUGUUGCACACUUUGGACAUAUUAACAAUGCAUUAUUGAUCCCAUCUCAAAUUAAAGAAAUCGUAGUUCUCUUGUCUGAAAUGUAUGCACCAGCUACCUGCUACCUGACAUGGAAAAAUCUGGUACUCUAAAUUUCUCAACCAUAGAAAGAGCAUACUGAGGCUAAGACCAUAACGUGCAGUUGAUGCCAAACCUGCAUCAAAACUGGUUUGUUUGGGGGUUUUUCUUAUCUUUUUUUUUUCUUUUUUUUCCUUUUUAUUUUUUCCCUUUCUUUCCCCCCCUCUUUUUUUUUU